GACAGUAAUGAGAAAGAAGGCACGCAACCUACUCCUGCUCCUCCCACUGUGAUCACAACCAACAGAGAGCUGAGAGAGUAAAACAACAUCCGGUCUCCGUGUGGUGGAGGGAAAUUUCACUGUUGAAAUCGCCCAUAGCAGGUUGAACGGAUGGCAUCAUGUGACAGGCUGGAGCCCCUCUCGAAGCCCCGAGUCCAGUUCUGGAUGGGCAAAGUGUCUGAAUGGGGCGAGGCCACCACCCCCUCAGCCCAGCUAGAUGCCUGUAGACACCUGGAGAAGCUGAGGGACUUUCUGCAGGAGGUCCUUGGAGCGCUGCAGCUAGCGAGAUCCGCGGCGGAGGCGCUGGCGAGGCUUCCCUUUGUCGGCCAGUUGCUGGGGAGGCUCUGCUGGAUCCGGUGUGUUACGGCGGAUGAGGAGAGCGUGGCCCUUCUCUUGCAGUGCCUGUGGAGUUUGUUCAGCCCAUCCCCACAGACUGCCAUUGAGCUGAAGGCUAACGAAUGGAUCCAGAAAACAAUGUGUCAUUUAGUAACGGACGACGAAGAUGGGUGUUCUAUAAUGAAACAUGUAGGACUGCCCUCAAAAGAGUACAACGUCAACUCUCUCAAAAAGAUGGUGUCCCUUCUGACUGAGGCUGUGGACAGAGGCUGCAGCGGUCUCAAGAAUCCAUCAGAGAGGUGCCGCUGUGAUGGCAUGCACAGUCUGUCGCUGACGUGUGUGUCUGUGGUCACACGGCCUGAAGCGGCCCCUCUGAUUGGUGCGCUCCUGAGGAGGCCCGUGACAUGUGACCGCGCCCAGCUAAGAGAGGAGUUUGUGGAGGCAGUUUGCACCAGCUUUCUCGAUAAGAAGCUGCACCUUGAUGUGCAGUCGGCUGUGGCCCUCUGGUGUCAUAGCCUGACCAGCCUGGAGAGGGCAGUGUUGAGUUUGUUGCGCUGUGCACUCUCAGGCCCAAGAGUAGACCUACAGAGGCUGGACGAGCAGGUGAACGCCUCUCUCCUGCCUCAAGCCUGUGCGCAGCAUUGUCCUGUGUUUCUCGUAGUGAACGACAUCUUCAGAUCCACAUUGCUAGAGAUGGAGGAGAACUCAGUGCUCAGAAUGCUAUUCCAGUCUUUCACACGCCGCUUCCUCAAAGCACUGGCAGCCCAGGACCCAGAGGAGAGACCGUCUCUGAAGAGCUUCUUUCCUCUGGUACCUUCGAGCCUCCUAAUGCCCCUGCUCACUUUACCUUCAGAGGUUCCCCAGAACGUGUGGCUCGAGCACCUGACCGGGAUCAGUCACAGGCUCCAGCUCGCCACCGCAGAGGCCGAGGACAGAGACGGCGACACCAGUGGCUCCGUGUUUGAGGUGUGGUUCCUGCUGCUGCAGGGUGGAGGCUGGGUGGAUGUGGCUGCUCAGCUGCUGGCCUCAGCUCAGCCCUCCUCCUCCUCCUCCUCCUCCACCUCCUCUUCCUCCCAGCCGCAGGCCCUGCUCUGGCUCCUGACGUUCUUCUACCACCCCACCAACAGAGGGCACCAGAGGACACAGCAGUGGGAACACAUGCAGCAGUUCUGGGGUGACCUGAGGAGUCUGUGUCUAGGUCCAGUGCCUCCUCCUCUCCUCCUCCUCCUCCUCUCUCCUCUGCAGGCCGUGGCCAAGUCUCUCCGCUCCUCCAGGCUGGUCCUGUGUCUCCUCCUCAACCUCGCCAUCUUCUCCCCGGCACCGUGUCACACCGCUGCCUUACAGCUCAUUGGAAAGAUGUCAGAGAAGGAGAAGGAGGAGGAGGAGGAGGAGUGCCUGAGACGGGAGGCUGAGUGUCUCCUGGCUGCCGCAGCGGAGCGCAGUCAAAAUAGCGACACUUCGGCGAGUGCCAGGGUUCAGGCGAGGUUGAGGACACUCGAGAACACUCUCUGGAAUGCAUUGUGUGUGUGUGUGUGUGAGUGAGUGAGUGAGCGAGCGAGCGAGCAUGCAGGGCGUAAACAUGCCCGUGCCCCCGGAAAGGGAGAAUAAUUUAUUACGGCGUGAGAUUCCUGAUGGGGGUAGAGUGGCGUUGUGAAAUAUUCGUCGCUAGUAAAACGA